GAGGAGGUACCGCUGUGUGCAGCCACCAUGGCUUUCUCCCAGGUGCAGUGCCUGGAUGACAGCCACGUCAACUGGAGGUCCAGUGAGUCCAAGCCUGAGUUCUUCUACAGCGAAGAGCAACGCCUGGCCCUGGAGGCAUUGGCCUCUCGCGGCCGCGACGCCUUCUAUGAGGUUCUGAAGAAGGAGAACAUCAGGGACUUCCUCUCUGAGCUGGAGCUGAAGAAGAUCCUGGACACGCUGGAAACGUACGACCCUGGCUCCGAGUACAUCCCACGGCACGGCAGCAGCACCGGGGAGAGCGAGGGUGAUCACAACAGCCAAGGGGACGAGCAGGAUGUGGCCCCUUCCCUGGAGUACUGGCCCCAGAGGUCUGACCGCUCCAUCCCUCAGCUGGACCUCGGCUGGCCCGAGACCAUCGCCUACCGUGGGGUCACCCGUGCCACCGUCUACAUGCAGCCACCCAUCGAGGGGCAAGUGCACAUCAAGGAGGUGGUGCGGAAGAUGAUCUGCCAGGCUCAGAAGGUUAUUGCAGUGGUCAUGGACAUGUUUACAGAUGUAGACAUCUUCAAGGACCUCCUGGAUGCAGGCUUCAAGAGGAAAGUGGGAGUCUACAUCAUUUUGGAUGAGACCAACGUGAAGCACUUCCUUCAGAUGUGUGAGCGAGCCCAGAUGCACGCUGGACACUUGAAGAACCUGCGAGUCCGGAGCACAGGUGGGACAGAGUUUUUCACACGCUCAGCCACCAAGUUCAAAGGGGCUUUGGCCCAGAAGUUCAUGUUUGUGGAUGGAGACCGAGCCAUGUGUGGAUCCUACAGCUUCACCUGGUCGGCGGCGAGGACGGACCGAAACGUCAUCACAGUCCUCUCGGGCCAAGUGGUGGAAGCGUUUGACAAGCAGUUCCAGGAGCUCUACCUCAUGUCCAAAGGGGUGAGCCUCAAGUCCAUCUCCGUGGGUGAAGAGCCUGAACCCGAGCCUGUAACGCUGCCCUCCAUCGUGCCCGUGACCCCUGCCAACGCCGUGGUGAAGAAGCUGAUAAACCCUAAAUAUGCCCUGGUGAAGGCCAAGAGCGCCGACCAGAUCAGCAAGACCUCAUCAGAGAACCAGGACAAGACCCAGAAGACAGACAACAAAGGCAAAGCCCCACCCGAGGCCCAGGUGGGCGACCGGCACGGCGACGUGGCAGACCUCUCCCAGCUUAUCCACCCUGGGCUUCUGAACCUGGAGAAAGCCAACAUGUUUGACUAUCUGCCCACCUGGGUCGAGCCUGACCCUGAGCCUGGGAGUGAAGUCUUGGGCUACAUCAACAUCAUUGACCCCAAGAUCAAGAACGCGAAGCUCUCGCAGAUGAACCGCAUCAAAGUCUGCGACGUCUCCCAGGCCAGCGCCCAGCACCGGCAAAUGCUGAAGAACAGGGAGAUGGAGAUCAAGAAAAACUCAGACCAGGAGCCACCUCUGGUGUCCCCGUGCCAAAGACAGAUCCCACAGACCCCCAUGGAAGCUCUUGCAGCCCCUGCUACCAGCCCCACUGAAAGUACCAGCUGGAAAAUGAAGCAAGCAGGAAUGUUUGCCUCUUCACCAUUGGGUCACCACUUGAAGCCACCAGAGGAGACAGUGGAGGACAUCAAGCCCCCAGUUCCAAAGCCACGGACCACCCCUGUUGGUGUUCUGACUAAAGUCCUUACACCCUGUGACAGCAAUGCAGCCCCAGAGGGUGACACACAACCACUACUGGCUGACCACACGGGUGUGAAGCAGGAAUCAGAGCAGAACCUCAAGGGCGCUUCAAAGGAGACCUGCCAUCUCCAGCCAGACAGGCCAGUGGCAGGGAUACAGGAGGACAAAGGCCCUCCUUGUGCCCACAAUGGUCUGGGAGAAGAGGAGGAGGAGGAGGAAGAAGAGUUCAUCACUCUCAGUGAUCAGGAGAGCUACUCCAGCAGCUCUGCUGACCACAGCUACCGCCGCUCCAAUGCUUCCUCCAUCUCAGAUGAGUACUUUGAGGUGAGGGAUCGCUACGGACCGCUCCGGCGAACCAACUCAGAUGUCACCCACAAUGGGGAGAUCCUGCCCAUGCAGAGGAAGCUUAGUGACCCUCACAUCAGCCGAGGCACCUUCCUCAGCCCCCUGGGCAGCCUCCCAUCCAUGAAGCACAUCCGUGUGGAGGACAUGACCAAGAGGAGGAGCAACGCUGUGGAGAUUAGGUGCGUGCUGCCCCGCACCAUCCUGGAUGGCAACAGCUCCUACCCCACCAGUGCCACGCAGGGGACACACAUGUACCGCUACCGACCCAGGAACCCCACAGGAAGAGAACAAAGCAAGGAGGUCUCCUGCUCCCCGACACAUGAGAAGCCACCUGGGGCCACCAAAUACAGAGGGAACGGAGCUGAGCCCAAAAAGACCAUUGCAGGCAGCCAGCCGUACUGGCUGAACAAAACCUUCACUUCCAGCAAGCCCACAGAGCCAGGCCACCCCUCUGCAAGCAACCCCAGAGCGGCAGGCAAACGCUUGUCCUCCCUUCCAGAAAGCCAGAAGACAGCUGAAGAGAUGAGGACACCGCUGGGCAUCCCACUCUCCAAACUGUCCCAGUCCAAGCACCUUAAGAACAGGGUUGCCGGAGCCCAGGGUGCUUCCACUGACUCCAAAAGGAAGCCACCUGAGGCCAGCAGCCAGAAGGAGCCCUAGGCACCGGCGCAGGUGGACUCGUGAGCGGUGGUAGAGCGUGCCUGGGGCCCAGGCAAUGCUGUUACAUGGGGCAGGGGAUUCUUGUUUACACUUACCUGGUCGGUGCACCAGUACCACAUGGCCAUGAUAGACAGCCCAAAAGUCAUCCCGGUCCAGGGCAGGUCUCCGGAGGCUGGGUCUCGGAAGAGGUGCAUUGCAUCUGCUCUGGGCAGGUGGCAGGUAGUGUUGGGAACAAUCUUGGUGGGUAUGGCUCUUAAAUAGGCCUCUUCCAGGUUGGGGUAACCUCCAAUCUCGUUAAAAGCUGGAAAACAUCAACGGGGGAGGCUGGUUAGAGGCAAGAAGGAACUGGUGGCCUCUGAGAUCAGCUGGCGAAGCGCUCGUCAGCUCCUUAACCCAGGAGUGCUGCCUGGAGAGGGAAGGCUCCUUUGUGACUCUGUUUUCUUAUAGUUAUUUAAGAGACUCUUCUAUGAACGUUUUGCACAGCAGGUCCCACUACUGUCCACCCUCUCUUCAGAGGGUGAUCCUUGUCUGGGGACAAAGGAUCCUCAAGGGACCCACUUCUUUUGACCUCGUACUGUAAAAGCAGUCUGUUUAUUAAACUCUUUGGUCCCAGGGCAGGGGAAACUCACCUAGGACUAUUAAAAUGCAAGAUUAGGUUAGCCUCUGGCUUGAUGUACUACAGCUCAAGGUGUCUCGGCACUGAUGUCCACCAAACGUUUCCUACCCCUUUAUUUCCCCAGCUCCAUCCCCAGACCUCCAGCAACCAGUGUGAAAAAAAUCCCAAACCAAAAAGAACCCCCCCAAAAAGACCCUUUUCACUGCGUUUUUCCUAGGAAAUGGGUCUAGGUCUGAGGAGUACAUGCCAUGGACAAGCCCUAGCAGGUGAGCCUCCA